AUACCACUAUCAUCCGAGGAGUGUGGAAGGCCACAGGCACAACCUCUAGUUAGCUUAGUAGGUGUAGUUUGUUCGAGCUCGGAGCCAAGAUGUUGGCUGUGUUCAGCGGCGAGGUGGUGGAGGUGCCAUCGGAGCUGGUGGCGGCGGGGAGCAGGACGCCGUCGCCCAAGACGCGGGCGUCAGAGCUCGUCAAGCGCUUCCUUGCCGGCGCCGACCCCGCCGUCUCCGUCGAGCUCGGGUCCCUCGGCAACCUCGCAUACUCCCACGCCAACCAGUCCCUACUCCUCCCGAGGUCUUUCGCCGCCAAGGACGAGAUCUUCUGCCUGUUUGAGGGAGUGCUGGACAACCUGGGCCGGAUGAGCCAGCAGUAUGGCCUCUCCAAGGGCGGCAACGAGGUCCUCCUCGUGAUCGAGGCCUACAAGACGCUGAGGGACAGGGCGCCCUACCCCGCCAGCUUCAUGCUCUCCCAGCUCACUGGCAGCUACGCCUUCGUCCUCUUCGACAAGUCCACCUCCUCCCUCCUCGUGGCAUCCGAUCCGGAGGGAAAGGUGCCGCUCUUCUGGGGGAUCACUGCCGACGGCUGCGUCGCCUUCUCCGAUGACAUCGACCUGCUCAAGGGAUCCUGCGGCAAGUCGCUGGCGCCAUUCCCGCAGGGCUGCUUCUACUGGAACGCUAUCGGGGGCCUCAAGUCGUACGAGAACCCCAAGAACAAGGUCACCGCCGUCCCUGCGGACGAGGAGGAAAUCUGCGGCGCAACCUUCAUGGUGGAAGGGUCUACCGUCCUCACGGCGCUCCAGUAGGAGAUUGUCAUCUCCGGGAGUCGAUCGUUGGGGCAAGGCAAGACCUUUUGUAGAUGGUGGUGGUGUAACAUAAUGGCGACAAGGCGUGUGUGCGACUCUGUGUAUCUUUCGUGUAGUGUUCGGUUGUGCUUCUGAAUUCUGAUCAUCUGUAUCCCUAGCUGUUCAAAUCUCGCAACGGAUUCCGGACCGGCUCUGCUCAGUUGGAUGUAACAGUUAAUGUAGUGCCAAAUAAGUUCUCUUUCAA